UUCAGCUGUCUGUCUGUAAUAUCUGUCUGUGGUGACAACAUGUCUGUUUCUCUCGUGUGUGUGUGUGUGUGUGUGUGUGUACUCUUUAUAUUCACCUGCACACACACUGUCCCAGCAGAACUCUGAAUGUGUUUCUCAUAUUCUGCUGUGAGUUUUAUAAUCAUGUCUUCAUAUUUCUACAGAUCUGAAGAGAUGCUGAAGAUCCUGCUGACGGUGUGUGUGUUUGGGGUUCUUCCGCUGAAUACAGAUCAGUUUCCAGCAGCGCAGGGAUUCACUUUUCUGCUGUAUCCAGUUUCAGCUGUGGGUCCGUAUCAACAACACACACUUCUGAUACCAGUGACCACAUCUGACCGCAACACACAACUAACACACACUGCACCGGCAGACCACAGCAGGAUGGGCCAUCAACGCAUGUUUGAGCCUUUAAAAGCAAACGGUGCGUUUCUCAAGUCUGUGACAAGCUCCGCCCCUGUCCCUGCCCGUGGCACCGCCCCUGAUCUUCCCGCCCUCCCGUCUGAGUCUCCGGCUCUGCAGGCGCAGAUGUCGAAUUUCCUCCCGUCAAACGUCCCGCAGCAGGUGUAUUCAUUCAUCCAGAAGGCUGUAACCUCAGAGUCCGACAGCUCAGAAGAAGGUGACGUUGCUCAGGUGAUUUACGUGCUGCCCGUCGGUGUGGAAUCACCCAAUAUGGGUGUGAUGGAGGGCACCAGCACCGACCCCGUACCCGGGCAUCUUCAGGUCCCGACCUCCACCUCUGCCACAUCGACUGCUGCCCAUCCUGAAGCUCAGGGACAGUUCGGGGGCACUACAGGUGCAGCAACACGGGCACAGAGAGGCAUUCUGGAAGAAAAGGGGCUCUAAUAGACUACAAAACAUCAAAAGUCACUGUCCAAUCAGAGCUGUCCAUUUCACAGCCUCUGCUGCAGUGUGUGUUAUUCUGACUAUAUCACAACCAAAUCUGACCUGCACGUGAAACACAUUCAUGCAGAAUUGAUUUGCUUUUGAUUCUAGAUGAAUCUGACGAGUUUCAUUAUUAUUAUCAUUUAAGACAAAGUUUGAGAGAGUAAAUGAGAAAUGUGCUACAGAAACACACUCAUGUAUUAUUCCGUCAGAUAUUCUGAAUUCACGUCUUUAUGUGUGAGAAUGAAACAUUCAGUGCCGUCUUGUUCCAAGUGUUUGUAAACACGACGAUCUUUAUCUGCAUGACACAAAUA